AUGGACAACGCUGGACCUUCCGAUGCUGACAAGAUCCGAUUGAAGCGCCUAGCAAAGUUACAACAGCAAGCUGAAGAACAAAAAGCAGCAGCAGCAGCAGCAGCCGAAGCGAACAAUGCUGCUACGACGUCCACCACCACACCUGUCAAUAACCAAAGCACGGCAUCGUCAAAGCCAAUCCAGUCAUCGACACCAACGCCUCCAGCUAAACCAGUGGCAACACCAACAAAUCCACCAGCGGCUCCUCCUACUACUACUACUACUACCAGUACACCACCUUCCAAGCCUGUAACGUCACCCACUCCAAAAGCACCUGCAAAGAGCUUCGAAGACUGGCAAAACGAGGUGCUGUCACGUAUCCUGCAGGUGACCUUGAACUUGGAUACUGUAUAUAAACAAGGACGAUGUGUUUACUUGCAUGGAUUGGUAUCAGAACUCGAGGAGGAAAAUGAAUCCAAGCCAUAUCGCCUAAGUGAAUCAUUACUCGAUCGCAUUUUGGUUGCACGAUUAUCGAUUGAUCCCAAUGAGUCCAAUGAUGAAUAUCCUGAAGACGUUCGAAACGACUUGCGUGUAUUGGAUUUUGACUAUUUGCUCGCUUGCUGGAAACGUGCACAUGAGAUCAAGCGCAAUACAUUGACACGAAGCAAGAACCUUGAUCCAGCCGUGCUUCAACAACGUUUGACAUUACUCGACAACACCAAAGCCUUGCUUAUCUCAUACUCUGGUUUGACGAUCCAAAUGCCAGACAUGUUUCCCCAGAUUCAAAGUCCCACACCUUUGGGUCCAGAGCAAUUAGUUCCUCGCUUGUUGGCUGAACCAGAUACGGCUGAAGGUUUACCAAGUGAAUACCUUGUAGAAUUGGUGGCAAGAUUCGCCGAUGAUGGAUUGGAUCAGAUCAUUGGCUCCGCAUUGGUGAUCAUCUCAAACCGCUUACAAAACAUGAAUAUCUUGGAUGAUUACAAAUCAAGUCUACGGGCAUUGACCAAUUUGUGUGAGAACAAGACGAUUGCUGGAAUGAUCACCACGCUUCCUGAAUUCGAUCCGAGCCAUGCUGCUGCACAUAACAUUGAGAGUAUUUCACUCCUCGGUCCUUUUCUUAGUCUCACUGCAUACCCAGAUCGUUCGUCCAAAGUGGCCGAGAACUUUUUCCAAAAUGCAGAAGAGCGUUAUUCAGCGGACAUCGAAUCUUGCAUGAACGGCAUCAGGGCAACUAUUCACAACAUCCAGAGGACCAUGUUUGGCGUUAUCAACAACAUCGUACGAUCAAGUCCACAGGCUCGUGAAGCGGUGCUUUCCUACUUUGCCCACAUUCUUCAGCUCAAUGUUAAACGUGCUCAAAUGCAAGUGGAUCCAUUGACGGUUGCAAGCGAAGGAUUUAUGCACAACAUUGCUGCCAUUCUUCUCAGCUUUUGUGAACCGUUUAUGGAUGUCAAGGCGUCCAAGAUUGACAAGAUCGAACCAACCUACUUUAGAACAAGCCGUCGACUUGAUGUCACAGAGGAUACCAAGGUCACUGCUGACAAGGAGCAAUCUGAUCGAUACUAUAACAGUGGCGAGCCAAAAUCGCACAACUUUAUUAGCGACAUCUUUUACUUGACAUUGGGAUUCUAUCAUUAUGGCCCUAUUCGAUCAUUCGUCAACUACAAUGAAUUCAAACGAGAGCAUUCGGAAAUGAAACGUCAGAUGGAUCGCAUGGAACAAGAUAUUGCUCGUAUGGGAAAUACACCUAUGCAAGAUUUUCUCAUGCAACGCUUAAAGGCUCGACUUGAUUUGAUGUCGAUGCACAAGUUUGCUUACGAGUCGAUGUUGAUGGAUGAGGAAUAUUUGUCCGAGACGAUGCGAUUCUACAACCUUGUCAUGUCAUGGAUGAUUCGUACUGUGGAUCCUAAGCACCAGCAUCCUUGGGCCAUGAUCACCUUACCACUUCCAAAGGACGUACCCGAAGACUUUGCUAUGCUUCCAGAAUGGAUCAUUGAAGAUGUGGUGGAGUUUUUCAUUUUCCUCGGAAAGUACUGUUAUCACAUGAAGGUUUUCAAGAGCAAUUCCCAAGAGGAGCUUGUGACAUUUAUCAUCACUUUCCUUCGCAACACACAAUAUAUCAAGAACCCAUAUCUGAAAGCAAAGCUUGUGGAGAUUCUAUUUUUCUUCACCUAUCCAAUUGCCAAGGGCGUACCUGGCGAACUCGAGACAAUGCUCAACUCACAUCCACUUGCCUUGGAUCAUUUGAUGGUGUCACUGAUGACGUUUUAUGUUGAGGUGGAACAAACCGGCACCAGCUCUCAAUUUUAUGACAAAUUCAACAUUCGCUACAACAUCAGCCAUAUCAUGAAGACCAUCUGGGGUCACCCUUCUCAUCGUGCCAAGCUAAGAGAGGAGAGCAAAAACCAUGAGAUGUUUACCCGAUUUGUCAACAUGUUGAUGAGCGAUGUUACCUAUCUUUUGGAUGAAAGCUUGAGCAAGCUAUCGGAAAUCCACCAAAUCCAAUUGGAAAUGGAAGAUACAGCUGCUUGGGAGGCACAGCCAGUGCAACAACGACAAGAGCGGGAAGGCAAUUUGCGAUCUCUUGAACGCCAAGCACAGUCCUAUGUCGCAUUAGGUAGUGAGACGGUUCACAUGUUGCAGUACUUGACGGCUGAGGUGGUUGAGCCAUUUAUGGUGACGGAGGUGGUGGAUCGAUUGGCUGCUAUGCUUGAUUACAAUCUUGCUCAGCUUGUGGGACCCAAGUGUACUGAGCUCAAGGUGAAGAACCGAGAAAAAUACCAUUUCCAGCCACGCGUGCUACUUUCAGAAAUCAUUGACAUUUACCUUCAUCUCAAUUGCCCAACCUUUGUGGAAGCGGUGGCUCGUGAUGGUCGAUCCUACAAGAAAGAAUACUUUUCAAAGGCAGCUUCCAUCAUGUUGAAGCAACGUUUAAAGCAUCCGGAUGAUGUAGCCGCACUUGAAUCCUUUGUCAACAAGGUCGAGGAAGCCAUCCAAUGCGGUGUUCUCGAGGAAGAAGAACUGGGUGAUGUGCCUGAUGAAUUCUUGGAUCCUAUUCUUUCCAGCGUGAUGGAGGACCCAGUGCUGCUACCAACAUCCAAUACCAUUGUGGAUCGCAGUACAAUUCGUGCCCAUUUGCUUGGUGAUACUCGUGAUCCAUUCAGUCGUGCACCCCUCUCCAUGGAUAUGGUCGAACCCGCUGAUGAGCUCAAGGCAAAGAUUCAAGCUUGGAGAUUGGAGCAAAAGAGCAAGCGAAAUGCAACAAAAGCUGGUGAUGAUCCCAUGGAUACUAGUGCAUAA